UUGAUUUGAUCGGAUCCAAUUCACUUUUAGAUUGAUAAACUAUGAAAAGAAAAAAAAGACCGCAAAUUCAAUAGCUUCACUCCUCAAGUUCCACGCCGGCUGAGGAAGGAUUGCGAGGAAUGGUUUUUAAGAAUUUUCAAAUAUAUUUUCUAGUUUCUCGCCAGAACCUUGUUACUUAAACCAUAGGGCGGCGCUGACGGAACGCCGCCGCUUACUUCUUCUUGAAGCUCGUAAAGCCGGCACCAAUGGCGAUGACAGAUGGAAAACCAACACCCUCAUCCAGCAACGUGGCACGUUCAUGGCUCUCCACGCGUUCGUCAUCUCCCUUACGAUGGACGCGAAUCAGUUUAUGCUUCGCAUUCCUACUCUUCUCUCAAUAUUUUGCUAACGCCACGGUGUCAAUUUGUCAACUCCACCAUCGAGUUCUUGCAGAGACAGCUAUGGACAUGGACAGCAAUAACAAUACCAAAUAUCCAGAAGAUGAAGCUUCGCAAAUUAGAAGGGCUUUUAAGCUAUUGGAUGCUGAUUUCUUCAAUGAUACCAAGAUUCUGGAGAUUGCAAGGGGAGCAACAGAGUUCAAUAUACCUAUAAUAAGAACAAACAGGAAACUAGUUGCUUCUGUUGAUGGAGGAUUAGAGAAUCCAUUUCCCUUGGUUUUUAAUCCUAGGUGGGAUGAGGAAUAUGCCGGAGAAGAAAGCAAAAGAUUUACUCACCCUUCUAUUUCUGGUAUUCAAAGGCCGAAAAGUGAGGAAGAUAUUGCCUUCAUGAGUGUUCUUGAACUUGGUGAAAUCAUUAAGACCAAGCAAAUUACAUCUAAGGAACUCACUAGAAUUUAUCUUGAGAGGUUGAAGAGGUAUAAUCCUGUUCUUGAAGCUGUGGUUACUUAUACAGAAGAGUUAGCUUACUGGCAAGCAGAAGAAGCUGACAAAUUGCUUGCUCAAGGAAUAUAUUUGGGACCUCUCCAUGGAAUUCCCUACGGGUUGAAGGAUAUAAUAUCAGUACCCCAUUACAAGACCACUUGGGGUUCAACAAGUUUUAUGUCUCAAAUUCUUGACAUCGAAGCCUGGGUUUAUAAAAGAUUGAAGUCUACGGGAGCAGUCCUUGUUGCAAAGCUUGUUACUGGGUCAUUAGCAUAUGAUGACAUCUGGUUUGGGGGUAGGACAAGGAAUCCCUGGAACAUUGAGGAAUUCUCUACCGGUUCUUCGGCUGGACCUGCUGCCUGCACCUCUGCUGGAAUGGUUCCAUUUGCAAUUGGUUCAGAAACAGCUGGGUCGAUAAUCUACCCAGCAGCUCGUUGUGGUGUGACAGCAUUACGUCCAACUUUUGGGACAGUUGGUAGAACUGGAGUAAUGAGCUUAUCUGAAAGCCUGGAUAAGCUUGGUCCUUUCUGUAGAAGUGCUGCAGAUUGCGCAAUUGUUCUUGAUGCCAUUAGAGGGAAGGAUCCAGGUGAUCUCUCAUCAAGAAACAUUCCCUUUGAUAAUCCAUUCUCAGUUGACAUCACAAAGCUAAGAGUUGGAUAUCUUAGUGAUGCUGAGAUGGAGGUUGUUGAUGUCCUUGCAUCGAAGGGUGUAAAGAUGGUUCCUUUUGAGUUGAAUUACACAGUAGAAUCAGUUCAAGGUAUCCUAAAUUUUACUAUGGAUGUUGAUACAUUGGCUCACUUUGACAAGUGGCAACGCUCGAACCAGGAUGAUAUUUAUGAAUCUCAAGAUCAAUGGCCUCUCGAAUUACGCCGUGCACGAGUCAUUCCAGCAGUAGACUAUGUGCAGGCACAAAGAGCUCGGGGAAAAUUGAUUUGCGAAGUGAAGAAAAAUUUUUUUGUUGAUGCAUUCAUUGGCAAUGCAACUGAUUGGGAGAAAAUUUGCUUGGGCAAUCUUGUUGGUUUACCUGUAAUUGUCAUUCCAACUGGAUUUAAAAAUAUUUCAGAUCCUCCUCCUGGAGGAACUCUUAGAAGGACCACUAUCAACACUGGCAUUUAUGCUCCUCCGGAUCAUGAUCACAUUGCAUUAGCAUUGGCCAUGGCUUAUCAAUCAGUCACAGAACACCACAAACGCCGCCCACCCAUAGAUCGAUUAGGCCCAAAUGAUCCAAUUCCAAGCCUGUCGACAGCUACGCCAAUUCAAACGGCUACUUAAACGGAAGUGGAACUUUCGUGGCCCUCGCGCUUACAACAACGAUAGAAGAGUCUCCAAUUUUGGUAUGUUUCAUCAUUUUUUUCUUUUUAAUAAUUAAAAAUUACUCAACGGUGUUCAUAUAAAUAUUUACCCAGAUAAAUGGUAUUAUCCUAUUUGCAA